GAGAGUGACGUGCUCUUGUCCGCUCUCUGCUAGUGUAAAUUCACUCAACAAAUUACUGAAAUUAGUGAAUUGUCGACGACUUAGUUAUCAAAAAUGGUGUUGGCAGAUUUAGGAAGGAAAAUUACCUCGGCCUUAAGGUCGCUGAGUAAUGCGACAGUUAUCAAUGAAGAGGUUUUAAAUGCUAUGCUAAAGGAAAUAUGUGCCGCUUUGCUUGAAUCAGAUGUCAAUAUCAGAUUGGUAAAACAGUUAAGAGAAAAUGUCAAAUCAGUUAUUGAUUUCGAUGACAUGGCUGGUGGUUUGAAUAAGAGACGAAUGAUCCAAAGUGCUGUCUUCAAGGAGCUAAUCAAGUUAGUAGAUCCUGGAGUCAAACCAUAUCAGCCAGUCAAAGGACGCCCCAAUGUUAUUAUGUUUGUUGGUUUGCAAGGUUCUGGUAAGACUACAACUUGCACAAAAUUAGCAUACCACUAUAUGAAGAAAGGCUGGAAAUCUUGUCUUGUCUGUGCUGAUACUUUCCGUGCUGGUGCUUAUGAUCAGCUCAAACAGAACGCCACAAAAGCCAGAAUCCCUUUCUAUGGAAGCUACACAGAAGUUGAUCCAGUGGUCAUUGCUCAGGAGGGUGUUGAUAUGUUCAAAGCGGAAAAUUUUGAAUUCAUCGUCGUGGAUACAAGUGGCCGACACAAGCAGGAGGAUUCACUUUUUGAAGAAAUGUUGCAAGUUUCAAAUGCUGUGAAACCAGAUAAUAUCAUCUUCGUCAUGGACGCCUCCAUCGGCCAGGCAUGCGAGGCUCAAGCCCGUGCCUUCAAAGAAAAAGUAGAUGUUGGUUCAGUUAUCAUCACAAAACUGGAUGGUCACGCUAAAGGUGGUGGCGCUCUCAGCGCUGUGGCUGCCACGCAGAGUCCCGUAAUUUUCAUCGGAACCGGAGAGCAUAUCGACGACCUUGAAUCGUUUAAGACGAAGCCUUUUAUUAGUAAAUUACUGGGACUUGGUGAUAUUGAAGGACUCAUAGACAAAGUCAAUGAGCUAAAGUUGGACGACAACGAGGAACUCAUAGAAAAAAUUAAACACGGCCAGUUCACUUUACGCGAUAUGUACGAACAGUUUACUAAUAUCAUGAAGAUGGGACCAUUUUCCCAAAUCAUGGGGAUGAUACCGGGCUUCAGUCAAGAUUUCAUGACCAAAGGUGGUGAACAAGAGUCAAUGGCCAGACUAAAGAAACUUAUGACAAUCAUGGAUAGUAUGAAUGAUUCCGAGUUAGACAAUCAAGAUGGAGCUAAACUUUUCAGCAAACAACCUACGCGGAUGGCGCGGGUGGCCAGAGGGUCGGGCGUGACUGAACGUGAAGUUAAAGAAUUGAUUUCUCAGUAUACAAAGUUCGCAGCCGUUGUCAAGAAGAUGGGUGGUAUCAAGGGGCUUUUCAAAGGAGGCGACAUGACGAAAAAUGUCAAUCCCACACAAAUGGCCAAGCUGAAUCAGCAGAUGGCUCGUAUGAUGGAUCCGUCCGUUCUCCAGCGAAUGGGUGGUAUGGGAGGAUUGCAAAAUAUGAUGAGGCAACUUCAGCAAGGGGCUGGUGGUCUAGGAAACCUUAUGGGAAUGGGAGGAGGGAGAAAAAAAAUGGGUGGAUUCCUAGAUAAACCGAAAACAGAAAAAAGUCGGGAGUGUAAUGAGGGCAAUGGACUCAGAUAUGGAGUUGUCAGUAUGCAAGGUUGGCGUGUAGAGAUGGAAGACUCACAUACUGCAGUCGUUGGGCUGCCAGGUGGUUUCAAAGAUUGGUCAUUUUUUGCCGUCUUCGACGGGCACUGCGGCUCGACUGUUUCAGCUCAUUGUGCAAGUAAUUUGUUGCCCACCAUUAUAGAAACAGAGGACUUCAAGAAAAUUUCACCAAAGACAGCCGAGAAUGAUGAAGAAAACAACGAACUCGAAAGUACCAUUAGACGUGCCAUUCACGCUGGGUUUCUUAAAUUGGAUGAGACCAUGAGACAAAUGCCAUGUGUGGCAAAUGGGGAAGAUAAGAGCGGAUCAACGGCAGUGUCCACAUUAAUUUCUCCAACCCACUUCUACAUAGCUAAUUGUGGCGAUUCUAGAGCUGUUCUGUGUCGAAAUGGUGAAGCAGCCGUCUGCACGAUGGACCAUAAGCCGACGGUGGCUGCUGAAAAAAAGAGAAUACAAGACGCAGGCGGCUCGGUUAUGAUUCAUAGGGUCAACGGAUCACUGGCAGUCUCAAGGGCUCUUGGUGACUUUGAAUACAAAAGCGUAGAAGGCAAAGGGCCGACCGAACAAUUGGUAUCUCCAGCUCCAGAAAUCUACGUCGAAACACGAAAGCCAGAUGAGGACCAAUUCCUCGUUCUCGCUUGCGAUGGUAUAUGGGACGUGAUGACAAACGAGGACUUAUGCCAUUUUAUUCGCUACCAAUUAACCAUCACGGAGGAUUUGUCGAAAGUUUGCUCGGCCGUCGUUGAUCAUUGCCUCUUCAAAGGAAGUCGUGACAACAUGAGCAUAGUAUUGAUUACUUUUCCAGCAGCACCGAAAAUUGUGAAAGAAGAGGUGGAACGCGAAAAGAAAUUCGAAGACUGGAUUAAAGAGAAAACUUAUAAAAUCUUGGAUGAUGACCUACACGCCGAAGUUAGUCGUAUCCUUCAAAUUAUAAAUGAUGAAGAAAUUCCGGAUCAACCACCGCUUAGUUCCGUUGGCUCGAAGUAA